CUAAGCAGUAGCGUUGGAGCAGGCCCAGCCGAGCCAACGUUCCGCAUGUAGCAGCACCCAAAUUCGCUUGCUGGAGAGGGUGGGCGGCGGACCCUUCUGGGAUGUAUUUGUGACCAACUAUAUAAAUGGGACUCCCGAACCCGAUGAGUUGGUUCCUCAGACCGGCAUAAGGCAAACCUGUCUGCCGGAUUUAAACGGCCCGCCGUAUUUGACCACUUACAACCUUGAUUUGGAGGAUGUCCGAUAGCUCGGUAGAUGGGAGCUGUGCCGCCGCGCAGCUUGAGGUGGACAAGGAUGAAGUACAACAACAACCGGUAGCGGGGGGACAUGCUUUGGACAACCACGACGACGACGACGACGACGACGAUGGCUAUUCGAUGGCGACGAGCGGGUCGUUGACUUCGCUCAAGAUGCAUGUUUAUGAUAAUGGGAGAAGGUAGGUCCAUGGUCCAUUCAUUCAGUUUGGUGGAUGCCCAAUUAAAUAAACCCACUUGGCAUAAAUAUCACGGCUACCAGCAAGGCAAGUACUUACUGCCCAACGACGACAUUGAACAAGGGCGCGAGGCCAUUCAGUACGACGGUACGCAGCUGGUCAUGGGGGGCGCCUUGUACCACUCCCCCAUCGGUCCAAGCCUGCGCAAGGUAUUGGACAUAGGGACUGGGCUAGGGACUUGGGCCAUUGAUAUGGGCGAUCAUUUCCCGGAAGCCAAGGUUUUGGGGUUGGAUUUGUCGCCAAUUCAACCGUCAUAUGUUCCUUCUAAUGUUGAUUUCCAAGUUGACGAUGUAGAGCUGGACUGGGUUAUCGACUCAGACUGGGAUUUCAUACAUAUGCGCAAUGUCGCACGCUUCUUGAAAAAGCCCAGCGAGGUUCUGGAGAGGGCAUUCCAACAUCUCCAGCCAGGGGGCUGGGUAGAAAUGCAGGACGUGUCCAUGGACUAUUACUCCGACGACGGCACGCUGACGGACGAUUGCCCCAUCCACGAAUGGUUCCGUUUGAUGCACACAAUUUGGCCCAACUACGACAUCGCAAAGCGCGGGGGACAGGUCAUGGAGGACAUUGGAUAUGUCAACGUGCAUAGCAAGGCCGUCGGUCUCCCCGUUGGGCCGUGGCCCAAAGACCCGGAACAGCGUACCGUUGGCCUAAGGAUGGCUACCGCCUUCUUGGUGAUCCUGGAGACUUGCAGUGCUUUGCUUCCCCAGGACCAGCGGCCCGCCGAUAUAGAAGUGUUGUCUGCGAGGAUAAGGGAGACAUUGAGGAAUAAUAAGAUCCAUAAGAUGACCAAGAUUUGCGCGUGGAUGGGACAGAAGCCCCUGGAUGGUUAGUUGGCCAGGGGAAGCGUCACACCUUUCAUUUGUUGCACAUUUAUAUCGCGAUAUAUGGCAUGUGGAUCAACGUGUUUAGAAAUGAUGUUUGGGUAGACUAGAAGUACGUGCAUUCAUUCAUGUACGCAUAUCCGAAGGCAGUUUAUACAACUUGCAGAAUCGUUCCACC